UUAUCUCCAUUAAAGUCUAUAGAGAUAUUUUAUGUUACCAUCAUUUUCCAAACUUUACCACCUUAAUGGAAACUAGGCCAAUGUAUCUUAUCAAGUGCCUAUAUUUUAUGACACCCAAAAUACUCAUACUGCACUUUUCUUGCUCUCUAAAAAUAGCUAGAUCAAAGAACAUGUGCUGUUCUACAAAUACAGAUUUCAGUGUAUUGUGAUCAGAAAAAUCUAUAAUAAUAAUUACAACAGUCUAAACAGUAGCCUUACUUACAUCAUUUUCACUUAAUAAUAAAAGUUAAUUAUAUCCCAGAUAUACAGCUGAAUAUUAGACUUUGGUUUGGUCUUCCUCAUGAAUUUUGUUUAAACAUUAAUUUUCUACUGUUUGAAUCAGCUCUUUCAGCUAAGCACUGAAACAGAUCACAAUGACUGACUUUGGGGAAGUGCUGAAAAAUGUCGGUGAAUUUGGGCGAUAUCAAAAGCUUGUAGUCUUUAUGCUUUGCUUUUUAAGUCUCCUCAAUGCCUUCCACAUGUUUGGUCAGGUUUUUAUGGGAAUUUCAGUGCCACACUAUUGUAAUACCAGUUGGAUUCUCACGAAAAGCCCAAAUCUGACUCAAGAAGAGCUACUGAACUUGACUAUUCCACAGAAUGCAGAUGGAUCAUACAGCCAAUGUGAGAUGUAUGAAACAGUUGAUUGGGAUAUUGAAUCAAUUGAAAAACAUGGACUUAAUAAAACAGAAAAGUGCCAGGACGGAUGGGUGUACGAUACAUCUGAGCAAGAGUCAACACUGGUUACAGAGUUUGAUCUGGUGUGUAAAAGAAAAGAAGAAAUUGAGAUUUCACAAUCUAUUUAUAUGCUGGGGCUACUGAUAGGAUCACUUAUUUUUGGAACUCUCGGAGACAGGAUUGGACGGCGUCCAGUUAUAUUAAUCUCUAUGCUAAUGCAGUUGUCAUUUGGAGUUGGCACAGCAUUUGUUUCACAAUUUUACGUCUACACAACUCUGAGGUGCUUUGUGGGGAUCGCCAUGUCUGGACUUUUCAUCAACAAUCUUGUCUUAGUUUCUGAAUGGGUUGGGUCAGCCCAGCGGGCGUACGCAACAAUUACCGGCCAUAUUUGUUUUGCAAUAGGAUGCAUGAUCUUAGCUGGAUUAGUUUAUGGAGUUCGGAACUGGAGAUUAUUUCAAAUAAUUGGAUCUGUUCCUACAGCACUAUUAUUUUUCUAUAUUUGGGUACUUCCUGAGUCGCCCAGGUGGCUUUUAACCAAAGGCAAAACAGAAAAGGCUAAAAAACUCCUCCAAAGAGCGGCCCAUAUCAACAAAAGAACAUUUAAUGAGGAACUGAUAUCAGAGUUACACGAAGACAAAAUAACUAAAUCUGCAAACAUGACAGACCUUUUCAGGAGUCAAAAGCUCAGAAAAAUAACUUUCAUUAUGUGUUUUGUAUGGUUUGUGAAUGGUCUUGUAUAUUAUGGGCUGAGUCUCAAUGUAGGAAGCUUUGGACUGGAUAUUUACCUCACUCAACUUAUUUUUGGAGCUGUGGAAAUUCCUGCUCGUGCUGGAUCCAUGUUUAUGGUACAGAUAUUGGGAAGGAAGCUAAGCCAGGCAUCCAGUCUAUUACUGGGUGGUGCCAUGUGCUUGAUAAUUACAGCAAUUCCAAAGGAUUUACCUGUUGUAACAACAGCUCUAGCAGUGAUUGGAAAGUUCUCAAUUGCAUCGUCAUUUUCCACUUGUUACGUUUAUACGGCAGAAUUAUUCCCUACAGUUAUUAGGCAGAAUGGAGUGGGGCUCUGCAAUAUGACUGCACGUGUAGCUGGGAUCCUCGCACCUCUAAUUGGUCUUCUGAGCAAAUAUCAUUCUGCUAUACCCAUGGCUAUUUAUGGCAGUGGACCUGUCAUUUGUGGUGUGCUCUGCUUUUUGUUACCAGAAACACGAGACAAAGAUUUACAAGAUUUUACACAAGAAAAUGAUACAACUACAAGUAAUCAAAGUGACAUUCCAAAAGACUGUCUGAUAAAUGAAAAUGGAUAUGGUCAUGAACUGGACACAAAAUACAAGAAAAGCACUCGUCUGUAGUCUGCUUAGAGGAUAAAUUAAAGGUUGGCUGGAUUGAGGCAGUAAUGUCACAUGAAAAAAUAAAAAGCAUUAAGUUCUUUUUAA